AUGGUGGUGACACCAAGGCUGAGCAGGGCUUGUGUCCUGAUCAUAGUGGUGGCGAGUAUGGAGAGGCUGGCGUACAAGGGGGUGGGGUCGAACCUGGUGACGUACCUGACGGAGGUGGUGGAGAUGAGCACGUCGGCGGCGGCGAAGAGCGUCAGCGCGUGGAGCGGGGUGACGUCCAUGCUGCCGCUCCUCACCGCCGUCCUCACCGACUCUUACUGGGACCGUUACUCCACUAUCACGGCCUCCUCCUUGUUCUACGUCUUUGUGUUAAUAGGAGUUGCCUUAGUGGCACUGUUGCGCACAAGGGUGCCCUACUCGACGCUCAUCUUCCCACUCUACCUCAUCUCCAUCGGGCAAGGCGGCUACAACCCUUCACUGCAAGCCUUCGGCGCCGACCAGCUCGACAUCGGCGACGACGACGACGGCGGCGACAAUGGCACACCAACAACAGAAGAGCAGAGGAGCAAGGUGAGGAGCGUCUUCUUCCAGUGGUGGUACAUCGGCAUGUGCAGCGGCAGCCUGCUGGGCAAUUCGACCAUGUCCUACGUCCAGGACACCGUCGGCUGGGGCAUCGGCUUCGCCGUCCCGGCCGCCGUCAUGGCCGUCUCCGUCGCCGCCUUCUUCUGUUGCACUCCCCUCUACAAGAAGAGGCAACCGAGAGUUGUUCAUCACAAGCCUUGUCGUGACAGCGUCCUCAAAGCUCUCAAAUCGCCUCUCGCAAGUGUCACUGCCAGAAAGAUCACCCUGCCAUCCAGAGACGGCGACGAUGACGCUGACAUUGUGUCUGAGCUAGAGUUGCAGGAUAAGCCACUGAAGCUGGUUGAUCAGAAGCAGGAGGAGGCCAUGAGUGAGGCUGCAGCACCAAGCGUGGGCAAGAUCAUAGUGAGGCUGCUGCCAAUCUGGACGAUGCUGCUCAUGUUCGCGGUCAUCUUCCAGCAGCCGAUGACGUUCUUCACCAAGCAGGGGAUGUUGAUGGACCACCGCGUCGGCGCCGUGUUCGUGAUCCCUCCAGCGAUGCUGCAGAGCUCCAUCACCGUCUCCAUCAUCCUCCUCAUGCCGCUCUACGACCGGGUGGUGGUGCCGCUCACCGGCCACGGCAAGGGGAUCACCGUGCUCCAGCGGAUCGGCGUCGGGAUGGUGCUCUCCAUCGUCGCCAUGGCGGUAGCCGCGCUCGUCGAGGCGCGCCGCCCCCGCGCCGCCGCGUCGUCCUCGUCCGGCGGCCGCCUGAGCAUAUUCUGGCUCCUCCCGCAGUACGUCCUCCUCGGCGUCUCCGACGUGUUCACCGUGGUGGGCAUGCAGGAGUUCUUCUACACCCAGGUCCCCAGCGCCAUGAGGACCGUCGGCAUCGCGCUCUACCUCAGCGUCUUCGGCGUCGGCAGCUUCGUCGGCGCGUUCCUCAUCACCGCGCUCGAGAUGGCGACGGCGGGGGGCGGCGGGGGCGGGCACGAUCACGGGUGGUUCUCCGAUGAUCCCCGGGAGGCGCGGCUGGACAAGUACUACUGGUUCUUGGCGCUCCUCAGCUGCGUCAGCUUCGUCGUCUUCACACACUUGUGCAAGUACUACUAAUUAACGCGGGCGCCGCCAUGGAUGCAUCAAUUAUAUAAGUAGAGUCGUAGAGAAUUAGAGAGGAUUAAUUUUAGCAGUGUUGAAAUCUGUAUGGUCUGGGGAGAAUUUACUGGCUUUGUCUUGUUAGUUUUUGGGGUUGUUUUGGUUUGUGGCUUACCAAAUUUUAUCAAUACCAAAUUUUAGCAAGUUUUGGCAUAACUAAUUUUGGUAAGGCAAAGUUGUAUUUAGAUUAAAGCCAAAAUAGCCUAAGUUCAUAAUUGAAAUGACCUAUUUUCUUAGGCAUGUCAAAAUUUGGCUUUAAACCAAAUAGACACUAAACACUACUAAAAUUAUCAAAUAUUAGUAAGCUUAAUUUAGAUCUCAAACCAAACCAGUCAUUGAUCACUGAAAGAAAGGUGAUCACAGAAUGAAAAGCUGCGUGUGAAUCACGAUUUCCUAUACUGGAUUUCUUGUUGAGGAAUUUAAUUUCCUUUUCUUUUUGUGUGUGUAGCACAAAGGAUAGGAAAUACAAUAUACGUUCGUUGCAUGUGAAGCAAAGCAUGUGCAGAGGAUUUGCCAAUUCGCCGUCCAAUUCUGUUAGGUUUGCAGAGGAUUUAAUCGUGAUUGACAUGCAAGGGACGAGUCAAAAAUAAACAAGACACAGCGAAACAAAUCCCAAUCUCUUUUAUAUCUACAAGAGAAAAAAAAUAACAGAAUCAAACAAACUACGAACAAGAGCACCCAUCUCCUAUAUGAGUUUUUCUUCGGUCCAACAAAAAGUAUCUCGAGGUAUCGGUACCUCGCGGUACAAAAUCAU